UCUCUCUUUCAAUCCUCCGAAGCACCAACCAAACUUUGAAACUCUGCCAAAAUGUGCGACGAAGACGUUACCGCCCUAGUUGUUGACAACGGUUCAGGUCUGUGCAAGGCCGGGUUUGCCGGAGAUGACGCCCCCAGAGCCGUCUUCCCAUCAAUUGUCGGUCGCCCCCGUCAUCAGGGUGUCAUGGUUGGUAUGGGUCAGAAGGAUAGUUACGUGGGAGAUGAAGCCCAGAGCAAAAGAGGUAUCCUAACUCUCAAGUACCCAAUUGAACACGGCAUCGUCACAAACUGGGACGAUAUGGAGAAGAUCUGGCACCACACCUUUUACAAUGAACUGCGUGUGGCCCCCGAGGAGCACCCAGUUCUCUUGACCGAAGCCCCCCUCAACCCCAAAGCCAACAGAGAAAAAAUGACCCAGAUCAUGUUCGAGACCUUCAAUUCGCCAGCCAUGUACGUAGCCAUCCAGGCCGUCCUCUCCCUCUAUGCCUCCGGACGUACCACCGGUAUCGUCCUGGACUCCGGUGAUGGUGUCACCCACACCGUCCCUAUCUACGAGGGUUAUGCCCUUCCCCACGCCAUCCUCCGUCUCGAUCUCGCCGGUAGAGAUCUGACUGAUUACCUCAUGAAGAUCUUGACUGAAAGAGGUUACUCAUUCACGACCACGGCUGAGAGAGAAAUCGUGAGAGACAUCAAGGAGAAGUUGUGCUACGUGGCGUUAGACUUCGAACAGGAGAUGGCCACUGCUGCCUCCUCAUCAUCCCUGGAGAAGAGCUACGAAUUGCCCGAUGGACAGGUCAUCACCAUCGGAAACGAACGUUUCCGUUGCCCAGAGUCCGUCUUCCAGCCUGCCUUCUUGGGUAUGGAAUCUGCUGGUAUCCAUGAGACCACAUUCAACAGCAUCAUGAAGUGCGAUGUCGAUAUCCGUAAGGAUCUCUAUGCCAACACAGUCAUGAGCGGUGGUUCAACCAUGUUCCCUGGUAUUGCCGACAGGAUGCAGAAGGAGAUCACAGCUAUGGCCCCAAGCACGAUGAAGAUCAAGAUCAUCGCCCCACCAGAGAGGAAGUACUCCGUAUGGAUCGGUGGUUCCAUUCUCGCCUCCCUGUCCACCUUCCAACAGAUGUGGAUCAGCAAGCAGGAAUACGACGAAUCAGGCCCAUCAAUUGUCCACAGAAAAUGCUUUUAAGCGCUCUAUCAGAGGGAGAGAGAGAGAGGGAGAGGGAGAGAGAGAGAGAAAGAAAGAGUGUGUGGUGCAGUUGUCAGUGUCAUUGUUCUUUCGUCUGUGGCUGGUUUGGCGGUAAUUAUGUUGGGAAAUUGGAAAUUUUUUUUCGAACGAUUUAUUUUUCUCGUAUCUGUAAGAUGAUGCGCUAUCUAAAUAUCUAUUAAUUAAUUAAUUAAUUAAUUUAAUUAUAGUUUCUGGACGUUAUCGAUGAUAAUUAUUGUUUAUUGAUAGAGGCCACCACUUUUAAUAAAAUCGAAACGAAGAACGC